UGAAAUUUGAAAUCCAAGCGGCAGUCGACGGCGACGGCGACAGCGUGCUACAAAAGCCAUAGCGAGCGUCUACGCGGCGCUCGAAAACACAGGAAAAUUACAAAAUUCAAAACACAACAGACACCCAGCGUAAAUCGAAUGAAACAAGUUCUAUACACGGUAUAAACAAUUCGAGCAAACAGUUUUUUUGAAAAAAAUAAACUAACAAUUUUUUUGGAGAAUUCCCGUUUUGCGUUGGUAUUUUUUCCAGCACUAUUUGCUGCAUUCAAGAACCUGUUCCAUGCAAAUUCUACGGCCACCUGGCAGCUGAUUCGUAAAAUAAAACACAAAAAUUAAGACGAAGAAGAAGCAGCCCCAAAACAAACACACACCCACACACGCACACGCCAUGCUGUGACACAAAAUAAAAAAACAAUACGAAGACAAACAGAACAACCAACCAGAAGAAAAGCCUAAAAGACAACGGAAUUCUGCUUGAUAUGCAUCGAAAGUUAAAGGGCAAGAGAAUUCGAAUCAAGACAAGAACCGGCAAAAGAAAGUUAAGAGCGCACAUAGCAUAACUACCUUUUUUUGCGGUACGAACAACAACACUGCCCGGAGGAGAAGCUCCCAAUUCGAUCGUGAUUCGGCCGCCGAGACCCAAACUGUGCCAAGAUGUAUAAGUUGCUGGGUAGCUUGAAGAGCUACCUGAAGUGGCAGGACAUCCAGACGGACAACGCCGUCUUCCGGCUGCACAACUCCUUCACCACGGUGCUCCUGCUCACCUGCAGCCUGAUCAUCACCGCCACCCAAUACGUGGGCCAGCCGAUCAGCUGCAUCGUCAAUGGCGUUCCACCGCACGUGGUCAACACGUUCUGCUGGAUUCACAGCACCUUCACCAUGCCGGAUGCCUUCCGCAGACAGGUUGGUCGUGAGGUAGCUCAUCCCGGUGUGGCCAAUGAUUUCGGUGAUGAGGAUGCCAAGAAGUACUACACCUAUUACCAGUGGGUGUGCUUCGUACUCUUCUUCCAGGCCAUGGCCUGCUAUACGCCCAAAUUCCUGUGGAACAAAUUCGAGGGCGGCCUGAUGCGCAUGAUUGUGAUGGGCCUGAAUAUCACGAUUUGCACUCGCGAGGAGAAGGAGGCGAAACGCGAUGCCCUGCUGGACUAUCUAAUUAAGCACGUGAAGCGUCACAAGCUGUAUGCCAUUCGGUAUUGGGCCUGCGAACUGCUCUGCUGCAUAAACAUAAUCGUGCAGAUGUAUCUGAUGAAUCGCUUCUUCGACGGCGAGUUCCUCUCGUACGGCACCAAUAUUAUGAAACUAUCCGAUGUGCCGCAGGAGCAGCGGGUGGACCCCAUGGUCUAUGUGUUCCCCCGGGUCACCAAGUGCACCUUCCACAAGUAUGGUGCCUCCGGAUCGCUGCAGAAGCACGACUCCCUCUGCAUCCUGCCACUGAACAUCGUGAACGAGAAGACCUACGUGUUCAUCUGGUUCUGGUUCUGGAUUUUGCUCGUCCUGCUCAUCGGACUGAUGAUGUUCCGUGCCUGCAUCAUCUUCAUGCCGAAAUUCCGACCCCGUCUGCUGAACGCCCGCAAUCGCAUGAUUCCGAUGGAGAUAUGUCGUUCGCUAUCCCGGAAAUUGGACAUCGGGGACUGGUGGCUCAUCUAUAUGCUGGGCCGCAAUCUCGAUCCGGUCAUCUACAAGGAUGUGAUGAGCGAGUUUGCCAAGCAGGUGGAGCCCGAUCGUGCCAAGUAGACGAGAUGAAAUGAGAUGAGAUGCCCCGAUAUGCCCUUCGAUAUAUCGAAUACCCUGCCUGUAGUCCCCAUCAUUUUGUCCGAAGCCCCAAAUUCCAAAUUCUGUUUUGGAUUAUUAUUUUUAUUUAGCACAAAUCAUACUACUUAGUUGAAACUCAAGCCCUGGACAGAGCCACGCUCCCCAAACGCCCCCCCUUUUUGGUAGUUCUGUGAUUAAGCCCUGACCUUUGAACCCCUCCCUAAAACACCCCCGCGUUACCCACCCAACAAAACCCCAAAACUAUCAUAAACAUGGAUUAAUCAAUGAUCACAACUCGAAUCGCUUGGCAGAAAAUUAUUUUAAUUUUUAUUUUAUUUUUUGAUUUUCCAUCAAUUAUAACAAGACAAACAACAACAAUAACAAAAAAAGAUGAG